AUGGGGAACCUAGUGACAAGGAUGAGGCAGCUCUUCUCGAGUCAGAAGAAGCUUGAGAUGUGUCUUGUUGGCUUGGAAAAUAGCGGUAAGACGACGCUGUUGAAUGUGCUUUCGGUGGGGCACCCCAUUGAGACCUUUCCCACCGUGGGGCUUAAUGUAAAGAUGGUGCGAAAACGGGGAGUACAGCUUAAAGUGUGGGACCUUGGCGGACAGGAGCGGUUUCGCAGCGAGUGGGGACGCUACACGCAGGGCUGUGACUGCUUGAUCUAUUGUGUGGACUCCAGCGACUUCCAGCGCACCGAACUUGCCAAGCGUGAGCUGCACAAACUGCUUGAGGAUAAGGCGUUGCACAGCCUCCCCAUGCUGGUGUGUCUAAACAAGGUUGACCUUGAGCCUCACAUGACUAAAGAAGAAUGUGUGGAGUUUCUGAACCUGCAGGCCAUUCGCGAUAAUCCGUGGCUUGUCAUUCCCAUUUCUGCGCUGCGCCAGACCAACAUCAACGAGGUUGUGGAUUGGCUGGUGAAAAACUCUCACAGUUGA